AUGGCCAAUAAUUUCGAGGAAGAAGGUCCAUUUGGCGAACCAGCGCCUGAGAUAUUAGAGGAUAGAAUAUGGGUAGAUGGAUGUUGGGACUUCUUUCAUCAUGGACAUGCUGGCGCCAUGCUUCAAGCACGACAAUUGGGGAAUGAGUUGGUUGUAGGAAUUCAUUCAGAUGAAUCAAUUCUCGAGAACAAAGGACCUACGGUCAUGACGCUACAAGAACGAAUCGCGGCAGUAGAUGCCUGCAGAUGGGUUACACAAUCGGUAUCAUAUGCGCCAUAUGUUACUUCUUUGCCAUGGAUUUCUCAUUAUGGGUGCAAAUAUGUAGUUCAUGGCGAUGAUAUUACAUCGGACAGCAGUGGGGAAGAUUGUUAUCGAUUUGUCAAGGCCGCAGGUAGAUUCAAGGUCGUGAAGCGAACGCCAAGUAUCUCGACGACAGAUCUUGUAGGACGAAUGUUACUCUGCACACGAACGCACUUUAUUAAAUCACUUCCCAAGCUCUUGGCUGGGGAAGAUGGCUCUGGAACUCCGGAGGAGAGACACACUGAAGGCAAAGCUAUGACUGAAAGAAUGCGAAUGUAUGCUACCGAUGAAACUGGACUGAAGCCAGGCUCAAGUGUUUGGUUUUGGAAAGCUUCGAUUGCGGCUAGGGAGGACGAGACCGAGAACGAGAAGGGAGUCUUCAGUUCAUUGAUGCAAGGAUCUACCCCAAAACCUGGUCAGCGAGUCGUAUAUGUUGAUGGUGGCUUCGAUCUCUUUUCUUCGGGUCAUAUUGAAUUCCUUCGACAAGUCAUAAAGGCGGAAGAGAAGCUCGCUGAGGCAGAAGGCUGGUACAACAAAGAGGCUGUAGAAGAACGUCUUGGUAAAGGGGCAGACUAUGCCCCAUGUUUCGUGGUGGCUGGUGUUCACGAUGAUGAAGUUAUCAAUCAUUGGAAAGGAGUCAAUUAUCCAAUCAUGAAUAUCUACGAACGAGGUCUUUGCGUAUUGCAAUGCAAGUAUGUCAACGCCGUCAUCUUUGGUGCGCCUUUUACUCCCUCCAAGGCAUAUCUUACAACAACUCCAUGGGGAGUACCUGAUGCCGUCUAUCACGGACCAACAAGUUUCAUGCCAUUGACUUAUGAUCCAUACAUCGCUGCAAAGGAAAUGGGAAUCUAUCGUGAAAUUGGAAACCAUGAAUUUGCAUUUGUCAAUGCUGGUCAAAUCGUACAAAGAAUUUUGAAAAGUCGAGACAUGUAUGAAGAAAGACAACGCGUAAAGGGAGUAAAAGGUAUUGGCGAGGAGGCUCAGAGGACUCGCGAACGAUUGGAAGAAGAGCAGCGAUUAAAGGAAAACAUUGCAUAA